UCCUCAGAAUUCCUUCAUUGAAGGUAAAACUUAAGUGUUUGAUUUUUUAGCAAUUUUUAGAUUUUUUAAGGGAAUUAAAAAUUUUAAGGUGCUUUUGGAGUGAAUUUGAUAUAGUUGAGAAGAUGAUACAUGAGAGAAAGGAGAGAUUAGAAAGCAAGAUUUAUUAUUUAGGAUAUGGGUUUAUAAAGUCACCAGCGAAGUUGACUGUUUAUGUAGAAGGUAGACCGCUUCUGCAUCUGAAUUGUACUAACACUAAAUGAUUUAUCAAUACAUUUAGUCCGAUGGUUCUUCCUAACUUGAACAAAAUAAUAAUUCGAGAUGCUUAUAAAAAGAGUAAAUACAUUACUGAUAUCUUUGUAAAAUGGUUUCCACAAAAUGUCAAAGUUGCAGAAAUAUUUUCAAGUUGUAAAGGCACCAAAAUUCCUAACUUUUUUUCCGAAUAUUUUUAAACUUAGCUCAAAAGUUCAGCAAGAGAUAAAAUUCUGCGAUUUUGCUAUCAAUGAAAAACAGUUGAAGAGGAUAAUGGUUUCAUUCAGGCAUUUGGAGGAUCUCAUGCUUAUACACUGCAAAAUUUCAGUUCCAAAGAUUCCUAACUUUUCUCUUGCACUUAAAAACACCAAGCUUAAGAGUCUAUCUCUCGAUGAAUGUGCGAGUGCAAAUAGAUGCAACUGGAAUAAGAACCCUGAAGAGUUUUACAAUUUUAUUAGAGGGUUGGGCACAUCUACAGAUUUAAGAGGCAGCUUGGAUUUCCUUUCUCUUGAAUAUUUCAGGAUUGGGAAAUCUAAAACCAGAACUUUUCUUGAUGAAAAUGGGCUCUGAAAUGUCCAUUUUGUUGUUUCGAAAUGGAAGAAGGGAUGGUGAAGUUAAUGUUUCCAUAUAAUUUUCAAUUCUAAGA